UCCAAGGUCUUCAAACCAGUCAAUUCGGUCGUUGCAGUUCUGGACGGAUUAAGAACACAGGGUCAUAAUAUUGGACAUGAAACUCGACCUGGUUCUCAUGCCGCAGCAAGCCUGACCAUAACUAAUUCCACAGCUAGUGCAACUGCGACGGGCUCUGGCGUGACUACAGACGAAACUUCGAUCUUUCAGCUCUUGGUCCGCCUCUGCCUACAACCUCCGGAUCCGCUUGCGUUGGGAAUUUUACUAUCAAUAAGGAGAACACGUCCGAGCUUCCUAGAUCGACGUGCGUGCAUCUUUGGUAUGUUCGAUUUUCUCUUAGUCCUUCGGCGUAAGCGACCCAAAUCGGUUGCUCUAUUACAUUUGUAA